AUGCGCCGGCUGUGAGCGGGGAGGCCCGAAUCUGGGCCUCUUUGGUUGGGGAGCCGGCCCAGGCCGCGCCGCCGGGGUCGGGAGGCGUGGCAGGUGCCCAACAGCCGUCUUUGACCGCUGGGAAAGCUGACUUACACCUAUGGCUUUGCUUCUAGGGCUUUCUUAGCCCUCUUUGCAGGCUGCCUGGGCAACCGCGAGGUGGGCUGGAGUAACCGGGUAAAAGUGUAGAAUGGAAUCUGGCCUACUAGGUACUCCUAGUAGUAGGGAAGGGCGCUUUAGAUCGAGAGAGAAUGUUUAGGAUUAGCGUUACAGUUUAAUAUUUGAAAAUCCAAAGCGAAGACUGAUCUCCAGCUGCCUUAAGAGAAAGGGGAAUGUACUGGAAGGAGAACACGCAGUGGUUGAGAAACUUAACUCUUAACAUUUACAGCACCUAUUCGGGAGGGGAGUAUACAGUCGGAGGUUGACAGGGCGUUAAAAGCAGGAAAGCACCGCAAAGUUCCUCUAACGCAUCUCUUUACAGUGGAGGCCUACAGAUCAUGGAGGGGAAGUGGUUGCUGUGUAUGUUACUGGUACUUGGAACUGCUGUUGUUGAGGCUCAUGAUGGACAUGAUGAUGAUGUGAUUGAUAUUGAGGAUGACCUUGAUGAUGUCAUUGAAGAGGUAGAAGAUUCAAAACCAGAUACCACUGCUCCUCCUCCAUCUCCCAAGGUCACCUACAAAGCUCCAGUUCCAACAGGGGAAGUAUAUUUUGCUGAUUCUUUUGACAGAGGAACUCUGUCAGGGUGGAUUUUAUCCAAAGCCAAGAAAGAUGAUACUGAUGAUGAAAUUGCCAAAUAUGAUGGAAAGUGGGAGGUAGAUGAAAUGAAGGAAUCAAAGCUUCCAGGUGAUAAAGGACUUGUAUUGAUGUCUCGGGCCAAGCAUCAUGCCAUCUCUGCUAAACUGAACAAACCCUUCCUAUUUGACACCAAGCCUCUCAUUGUUCAGUAUGAGGUUAAUUUCCAAAAUGGAAUAGAAUGUGGCGGUGCCUAUGUGAAACUGCUUUCUAAAACAUCAGACCUCAACCUGGAUCAGUUCCACGACAAGACCCCUUAUACGAUUAUGUUUGGUCCAGAUAAAUGUGGAGAGGACUAUAAACUGCACUUCAUCUUCCGACACAAGAACCCCAAAACGGGUAUUUAUGAAGAAAAGCAUGCUAAGAGGCCAGAUGCAGAUCUGAAGACCUAUUUUACUGAUAAGAAAACACAUCUUUACACACUAAUCUUAAAUCCAGAUAACAGUUUUGAAAUAUUAGUGGACCAAUCUGUUGUGAACAGUGGAAAUCUGCUAAAUGACAUGACUCCUCCUGUUAAUCCUUCACGUGAAAUUGAGGACCCAGAAGACCGGAAGCCUGAGGAUUGGGAUGAAAGACCAAAAAUCCCAGAUCCAGAAGCUGUCAAGCCAGAUGACUGGGAUGAAGAUGCCCCUGCUAAGAUUCCAGAUGACGAGGCCACAAAACCCGAAGGCUGGUUAGACGAUGAGCCCGAGUAUGUACCUGAUCCAGAUGCAGAGAAACCUGAGGAUUGGGAUGAAGACAUGGAUGGAGAAUGGGAGGCUCCUCAGAUUGCCAACCCUAAAUGUGAGUCAGCCCCUGGAUGUGGUGUCUGGCAGCGACCUAUGAUUGACAACCCUAAUUAUAAAGGCAAAUGGAAGCCUCCUAUGAUUGAUAAUCCCAGCUACCAGGGAAUCUGGAAACCCAGGAAAAUACCAAAUCCAGAUUUCUUUGAAGAUCUGGAACCUUUCAGAAUGACUCCUUUCAGUGCUAUUGGUUUGGAGCUGUGGUCCAUGACCUCUGACAUUUUUUUUGACAACUUUAUCAUUUGUGCUGAUCGAAGAGUAGUCGAUGAUUGGGCCAAUGAUGGAUGGGGCCUGAAGAAAGCUGCUGAUGGAGCUGCUGAGCCAGGUGUAGUGGGGCAGAUGAUCGAGGCAGCUGAAGAGCGCCCGUGGCUAUGGGUGGUGUAUAUUCUGACUGUAGCCCUGCCUGUAUUCCUCGUUAUCCUCUUCUGCUGUUCUGGAAAGAAACAGACCAGUGCUAUGGAGUAUAAGAAGACCGAUGCACCUCAACCAGAUGUGAAGGAAGAGGAAGAAGAGAAGGAAGAGGAAAAAGACAAGGGAGAUGAGGAAGAAGAGGGCGAAGAGAAACUUGAAGAGAAACAGAAAAGUGAUGCUGAAGAAGAUGGUGGCACUGUCAGUCAAGAGGAGGAAGACAGAAAACCUAAAGCAGAGGAGGAUGAAAUUUUGAACAGAUCACCAAGAAACAGAAAGCCACGAAGAGAGUGAUACAAUCUUAAGAGCUUGAUCUGUGAUUUCCUUUCCCUCCCCCCCCCCCCCCCCCCCCCCCCCCCGCAAAAGUGGUCCUAGGAGAGGACCUGGCACACCUUAGGUUGAAACUCAGAAAACUUCAAGAUGUUACUAUCAGCAGGUUCCAGUUGAACAGUAGUCUGUGUAACUUUAAACAUCUAGCAGUAAAUACUUGCAGUUGUGAUAUAAAGGACCCUGUUUCUGUAGAAAAGAAAACAUUUAACAUAAUGGUUGUGAAAUGUAACAUGAAGUAACUAACUUUUUUUUUUUGUAACAUCUUUGUUUUUUAAAAUAGAAUGAUAGAACUUUGCCAAUCUUUAAGAUCUUGGCUUAAUUUAAUGUAUUGAUCUGUUUGUGUAAACAUAAUACCACCAUUUUAAAAUGUUGGGGGAUGAGUUACAGUUUUUAUAAUACAUUUUUUUUUUAAGUUUGGUAUUGUAAAACGUUCACAUCUCUGUCCCUCAAAAUUGAUAAUCACGUUUAAAGUGCAGUCAUUUAUAGCUAUAAUCUUGUUUUGUUUGUUUCAAUUACUCAGUUCCUCCUAAGGAAAUUGAGGAGAGGGACUGGUGGAAGCCCAAAUUUAUAUGAAAGUUGCAUUUAAGUUGUAUUAAAAAUAGAUAUAUGAAAUGGAAAAAAAAUCGUUCACUUGAUGUUGGUUAGACCAGAAAGUGCGUGUGUUCUGUAGCUCAAUUCCCAGACAGCUUUGCAGGUAGUGGAGGAGGUGGCUUCAUGUGGCCCUUGGGCAUUCAUACUCCACUUGGGAGCGUCAGGCUGUGGCCUUCUGGAGCAGGUGGCUUGUUAAGGCAUCCUAGCAGGGCAUGGCACAUGAGCUCCGGAGUAGGUAUGUUCAUCACUUCUUCCACUGUGUUGACACUUUUCCUUACCUGUUUCCUCAGAUCCCCAGCUUUCUCCUCUGCUAUGCAUUUUCUUCACAGUGCAGCUUGCAGUCUGUUCCUGAAAAUGAUUAUAAGCCCUGCAUAAUGUUAAGCUUUAUUGUGAUUACAUGUAUGUUUCUUCUUCUUUCUUUUAAGCAGACCCAUACCUUUCCAGGGUCAAAGUACAGAAUAGAAUACAAUCUUUGAUUUUUAUCUGUUUCUUUUACUCUGUAUAAAGACUUCAGAAGUCUAAUUCAGAGGCAAGCCAAUACAGAAUUGACUGCAGUUGAACAGACUAGAAGUAUUUGUGGGAGGGGUGACAUGAAGCAUGAGUUACCUGAUUUUUUGUAGCUGCUAAAUAUUUUAAGCCUUCAUUUGCAAUUCAUGUAACAGUUGUGUCAUAAAUUACACAAUAAAGCAGUCCUGUUCAAAUUUUUUUUUAAUGUGGCUUGUAGAAUUUUUUAAAAAGUGAUCUUAGGUUUGUUUUUUCAUACAGAAUGCAGAUGGGUGCUAUCAGAGCCUCUCCCAUACCACUAUAAUGUAAUGUUAUUAUUACUCUACACUGAAACAUAUUCAGAGUUAGAUGUUAUUUUAGCUUUAGUUCUUUAGAGGCUUUCAAAUGUACCGAUGAUACUGUUCCUUGCACUGAAUAUAUAAACACUCCACAGUGUUUAUAUUGGGGAGGAAAUAUAUUUGUAAAAAAGGAAGGCUGUAUCUAUUUUUUUUUUCUUUUUAAAGUUCAUUUAAAUUCUUUUGAGAAUGGGAUGCAUUUUUCUUGCUGUUCAGUGCUUUUUCCUUUUCAUCUGUUGUUCUGUGGUCACAGUGACCUUAGCUACAUAGCAGACUUUCCCAAAUGUAUUGAUUACAAAUAAACAGUUGUUACUUAGCAAGACCUGAAAAUAUGUCUGCAGGUUUCUCCUUGAAGCAAAUGGGUGGGAUCAUUGUAUUUCCAGAAAUCUGCCUCCUUCACCCUCCAUUGAUGGUCUGUGUCAUGCCUCACUUUCUUCUAGCUGAGCUUUAAAUCAUUAGAGCUUAAAUUGUUAGAUUGUUCAUUGCCUUUCCAGGGUUAUUUAGUAAAGUUUGUUCAAAACAAAAAUGCCUUUUCUCGGUUCUUUUUUCAGUUUUUGUUGAAGGUCUAGCAUCCUGAUUAAAUGUCUGACACAUUAAUGAAUGACUAGCAGCAGUUUUCAACUCUUAAAAAGGCACUUAUAUUAUGAUUUUACAUGCUGGUUACCUGUUCCAUUGUUGUAAAAGGCCCACUCUCCAUCAGAUGUGUUCCUCCGUUUUCUUAUCCACAAAGUACUCCUCACUUUUUUCAAUUUGUCACGUUACUAAAUGGUGUUACAUUAAAGCCCUGUGUUAAGUGUC